GCUAAGUCGUCUCGGGAGGGUAGCAAGUCGGCAGAAGAGGCUUUGGCGGCGGCGGAAGACAUGGACAACGCAGGGAAAGAGCGAGAAGCGGUCCAGCUUAUGGCGGAGGCUGAGAAGCGAGUGAAGGCCUCCCACUCCUUCCUCCGAGGGUUGUUUGGUGGAAACACAAGAAUAGAAGAGGCAUGUGAAAUGUAUACCAGAGCCGCAAAUAUGUUCAAGAUGGCCAAGAACUGGAGUGCUGCAGGAAAUGCAUUUUGUCAAGCCGCCAAGCUCCACAUGCAGCUUCAGAGCAAACAUGACUCUGCUACCAGCUUUGUGGAUGCUGGAAAUGCUUACAAGAAGGCAGACCCUCAAGAGGCUAUCAACUGCUUAAAUGCAGCCAUCGACAUUUACACAGACAUGGGAAGGUUUACAAUCGCGGCCAAGCACCACAUCACCAUUGCUGAGAUCUAUGAGACUGAGCUGGUGGACAUCGAGAAGGCUAUUGCACAUUAUGAACAAUCUGCUGAUUAUUACAAAGGAGAAGAAUCUAACAGCUCUGCUAACAAGUGUCUGCUGAAGGUGGCAGCCUAUGCUGCACAGCUGGAGCAGUACCAGAAAGCCAUUGAGAUCUACGAGCAGGUAGGAGCAAACACUAUGGAUAACCCCUUGUUGAAAUACAGUGCAAAGGAUUACUUCUUCAAGGCAGCACUCUGUCACUUUAUAGUGGAUGAGCUGAAUGCCAAGCUUGCUCUUGAGAAAUACGAGGAAAUGUUUCCAGCAUUUACUGACUCCAGAGAAUGUAAAUUAUUGAAAAAACUUUUAGAAGCUCAUGAAGAACAGAACAGUGAAGCUUACACUGAAGCUGUGAAGGAGUUUGACUCAAUAUCACGCUUGGAUCAGUGGCUGACUACCAUGUUGCUUCGUAUCAAGAAGUCCAUCCAAGGGGAUGGAGAAGGAGAUGGAGACCUCAAGUGAAGCGCUGACAUCUUUGUGGCAUGCAGCUCAUUCCUUUUUAGUUUUGUCUUCGGGCAAAGCUGUCUUUCUGGGAUGCCCAUUUAAUGACUUAACUUUGUUGUAAAUAAGCCACACGGUUUAUGUACUGCUUUAGCUCGCUAUGUCUGUGUUACUGUGUGAGAAUGGGAGGCUUCCAUUCAGUUGGUGGUUAUGACAACCAAAGUAUAUCAUGCUUAUUAUCCCAGUCUGCAGUUUUCUGAGAAGUACUGCCUAAUCUUAUUCCUAUUCUUCCGAUAUUUUUAGGGCUCAUGUUUUAAUGUUGCCACGUGUUUUGUGUUUUCUUUUUUCUUGAACUCUAGUACUCAACCCAGUUUUAUAGAUGCUUUGCAGAGACCAUGUGCAUUGGUAUCUGGAUGGACCUUUUGUAGAAGUGGCUUAGUUUAGGGUGAUUCUUAGGGAUAAGUUUGUAAUUCAGUAGAAACGGUUUGGCUUUCUUUUAUAGUUAUUUUGAUGGUGCUAGUGAUGAAUUCAUUUGCUUUUUAUUUUGCUCCUUAUGUUCACAUGUGCAUGGCAAACACUGAGAACAGCUGGUAUCUGUUAGGAUUGCUUGCAUCAUAAAGGGAGCUUGCUGGCAGCUCCUGUGACCCUGUUUCUUAUGUGAAUGGAUGUCAAAGUGGGUUUCGUUGGCUUGGUUUUUUGUUUUUAACUUACACAGGUACAUGUGUGCAUGUACACACUCACACAAAACCUAGGAGAAAUGAAAUUUCCCCCUUCCCUAGUGAGAAUUUCCACUUUUAGUUGUAAUGGAAAUCCUUUCAUAUUUGCAUAGAAACAAUGUAACUGGCAUCUCCUUUAUUCACACAUUGAUGUAGUCGACACUGUCUUCUGGGACACAGUCAUGCCAAGUUUGAGCUGAACUAGACAAAAGAUUCCAUCUGAAGCUUGAGAAUGUGUGUGGCUAAGUGUCCAUUUGGGGGACAUGGUGAAUAAGUGACAUCAGUAUGACCAAGAGUUUAUGUAGGCCUGGUUAGAUAAGAACCUCACCUGUGUCCAGGGGUUCCUGGUUUAUUUCUUAGCUGAUGGAGUGAUUUCACUUGUGUGUAUGAACUCUCUUGGCCUAUUUGGUUCACGUACGAUGUAUGUAUGCUCUGUUACUUCAGAUUUGACCCUCCCUGCUACUUUAUAUGCUGAUACAGUGCUGUAGACAUGGCCUUGCUUCCUGAGUCUCCUGUGAAUAUUUUUAUGCUGAGAUGAUUUGUGCUUGAUGCGCAUGUGUUACUAGACAUAGUCCUUAUGUGCUGCUGUCCUGUUUCAGACAAUGAAGCUCCCAGUUAACCAGGGAGAAAGUGGCACUGGAAUGGUGUUUUCAUCUUUGCAUGGCCCUAGACUAGGGUGGGUGGUUCUUAACUGUGCCCUAGAGUGGCUGUGCCCAGGCCAAGGGUUGAAUGAGAAGAGUUUGGGGACUGAUGAGAAAGUCAGAUAUUUCAGAAGUGAAAGAAAGUAGCAGGAGGGGGCUAGAGAGAUGGUUCCUCUGCCAGGGGGACCCAGUUUGAUUCCCAGAACCCAAGUUGGGUGGCUCAAAACCGCCUAUAAUUCCAGUUCCCCCAGGAGUUCCAGAACCCUCUGCUGCCCUCCACAAGCACAUGCACACAGAUAAACACAGACAGAAAAAUGGAUAUGGACGUAUGUGCAAGUAAAUACCCAUAAGUGUAAAAUAAUCUUUUUAUCAUUGAUUUUAAAAAGAAACAAAGUAGCAGGGGAUGAUGUUGAAAUUGGUCCCAUGAGGACAGGUAUUAGGUAUCUGUCAGGCCCCUGUCAUGGUGGUAACAGGGAAUGUACGUAGGCCUUUGAGAGGCCUUUGCAUAUCUGAAAAAGAGGGAAUGUGCUCUAGAAUCUGAUGAGGAUUCCCUUUUUCCUUCAAUGCCUUUUGGGGUUUCUGAAUGAUAGCUGCUGUACCAAAGGUAAAAUUUGCUGUGGAGCCUCGUUGAUCUUUCCUGACUCCAUUGGAAUCUCUAAUGUAAAGGUGAACAGAGAGAGAGAGAGAGAGUUAUUAGGGCUGGAGAGAUACCUUAUCUGCUCUUCCAGAAGAUUCGGAGUUGAAGUCCCAGCCCUCACGUGGGGGCUUCACAGUUACCUGUAACUCCAGUGCUAAGGGAUCUGCCAUCCUCUUUUUGCCUCCACUUGCACCUGGCAUGCAUGUGUUAUACAGACAUACAUGCAGAUAAAACACACAUACACUUAAAAUUUAAAACUGGUUUAUAGAAAACUAAGUUACUGCUUUAUUCACAACCAGCCACAGGCAGCUAUGGAAGUGACCAUGGAAAUGGCUCUAAGUCAGUUCCAGUACAUGAACAUUUGAACACUGGCCAGCCUCUGUACUCUACCCUCACUAGUUCAGUCUUCUGGUGUGGCCAUUUAAAAUGAAACCCACAUGGUAUCUUGUAGGAUAGUUUGCCUUACCUCAUGAGUCCCUAGCACACCUAUCUGAAGAAGUGCUGGGCAUUUAGAGUAGUGUUUGUAUUACUUUGGUGUUUCUUUCAAUCAGUUAUAUGCUUUUACUGAAGUUAAGUGCUGGAGCAGGGAUCAGGAACACUUGUGUAUCUCAAAAAAAAAAAAAAAAAAAAGGAAAGGCUGAGAUCUAAGAUCAGUCAGUGCUUGGGUUAUUUUUGUCCCAGCAUUUGGGAGGCAGAGGAGUAGCAAAACCAAAUAACAAAUACCAAGAACAGAUCUGGUAGAAGAUAAGAGAAUGAGGCAAAUGUCCAGACAGAGGUUUGCAGGCUUACAUCCUCCAGAUUGUCCUGUGGACAUGGGUAGGGCAUUGUCUCAGUGUGCCUAGCUUCAGGCUUUCACAAUGUCUAGAAUAUUAGGAACAAAACACAGCGAUUGUUUGUUAUAGUUAUUAUAUUUGAGUGUGCCUGGGGAUAGUUCAUAGUUAUGUCAGUUGAAAUUUCUUACAGAAAAGCUUUUC